AUGGCUCCGCCAGGUGACCGAGGUGGUGGUCCUUGGCUGCGCUUUGCGCACGAAAUGGGGAUUAUGCUCUUCUCGGGCUUACUUGCCUAUGGUGGGGUCAGAUUGCUCUUGAAUCAUAUCAUUCAACCCGAUGCAAGCACCAAGCAGGCGGAAGAACAACGACAGAAAUCAACGGCCAUAUUGCGCAAAAUAUACGGAGGGAACAGGUCCGACGAAGAUUCGACCUCAUCAAGACACGAUAAUCUUCGGCAGCAAAUAGCUGACCUCGACCUCAAUCAGUAUGAGCAAAUAAUUUCUACGGAACUCAUCGCGCCCUGGGAUAUCCAGGAUGGUUUCGAAGACAUUGGUGGUCUCGACCACAUCAUAAAAGAGCUAGAAGCGACAGUGAUUUAUCCAUUGACCUACCCUCACCUAUUCGCUUCCAAAUCUUCGCUUCUGAAGGCACCAUCCGGUGUUCUUCUCUAUGGACCUCCAGGAUGCGGAAAGACCAUGCUUGCCAAAGCGCUGGCGCGGGAAAGCGGGGCUAGCUUCAUCAACCUGAAUAUCUCUACAUUAACAGAGAAGUGGUACGGAGACUCUAAUAAGUUGGUCAAGGCAGUCUUUUCACUAGCGCGCAAGCUGCAGCCCGCUAUUGUUUUCAUCGACGAAAUCGACGCCGUUCUUGGAACUCGCAGAAGCGGUGAACAUGAAGCCAGUGGGAUGGUGAAGGCAGAGUUCAUGACACACUGGGAUGGACUUACGUCUGCAAACUCUCUAGGGGAGCCGCAACAGAUUGUUAUUCUGGGCGCAACCAACCGUAUUUUCGAUAUUGACGAGGCUAUUCUCCGGCGCAUGCCUAAGAAAUUCCCCGUCACACUUCCUCAACCCCCUCAGCAAAUCCGAAUUCUCAAGCUGGCACUCAAGGACACAGAAGUCGAUUGGACCAACAUGGGCUUGAAUGAUUUGGAUUUGGAUACAUUGAACUUCAGAAGGAAAGAAAACCCAAACUUGGACAGACUACUCACGAAAAUGGACGGCAUGUCUGGAAGUGCUAUAAAGGAAAUGUGUCGUGAGGCAGCUAUGGUUCCAAGACAAGAAGCUAUCCAAACGGCCAUCCAUAAUGCCCGGGCAGAGAUGAGGGCCAGAGGACAAGACCCAAGAGCCUUGAGCUUGAGGAAGGUGAAUAUUAACCCUAGGAAUAUCCGUUCGCUUAUGACAGAUGACUUCUUUACUUCUGCCGGUGAUGUCGUUGUGGUACCCCCGUCAAAUCACACACAAACGGCCGCUAUUAUCGGGAAAGAUGAAGCUGAGUGGAGAACUGAGACUGAGUCUGGCCGUUCCUCUGGGAUGGAUGAGCCCCUUGAGUAA